UCUAAGAAUUGAAAAAAUUGGGGCGGGUAGGCUGGGCAGAAUGUCGAAUACAAGCUCGACUCCGACCACCACAAGUCGGCCUUCAAGCAGCAGCACAAACGCAGCAGCAGCAGUGACGAUGAGUAUGAGAGGGCCAUGCCCAACAACGUCAUAUCAAGAGCCGCAAUGUCCAACAACAGCAGGAGUGAUGUACCCAGUAGCCUCCUCUGGAAGGGGAUUCCUUCCAACAAACCACCCAUGUCGACCUCUCCUGCCCUAUCAUCCUCAUCCUCAUCCUCAUCCUCAUCACUUUGCCAAUCCCCGGCCACCAUCUCCAUCCCUAUCCCUUCCCCAUCCUACUCAUUUCCAUCCUCCUCUUAAGGCUCUCUCCCUCUCUCUCCAUCCCAAGGUUGCUCCUUCGCCAUCUUCACUUUCUGAAACUAAUGGCUACAAAAAUGUCAGGGACAGAACCAAAGACGAUUCUCUUGUCAAUGUUAGGGAUCGAAAGGUCAGAAUAACAGAUGGGGCUUCUGUUUAUGCUCUUUGCCGUUCAUGGUUAAGAAAUGGAUUUCCAGACGAAACUCAGCAGCCACAAUAUAGGGAUGUUAGCAAGUCUCUUCCACAGCCUUUGCCUAUACCAGUCACGGAUAAUUUGCCAAAGGACACAGAAGAUGAAGAAGAACAGGAACAGGAAGAUAAAAAGGAGGAUGAGCAAUCUGUUGAGAAUUUAUCAGCACAAGAUCUGUUGAAAAGGCAUAUUGACCGGGCUAAAAAGGUCAGAUCAAGGUUAAGAGAAGAACGUUUAAAACGAAUUGCGAGGUACAAAACUAGGCUGGCUCUUCUCCUCCCUCCCCUUGUAGAACAGUUCCGAAGUGAUGCUGCUGCAGGAAACUGAUCCAGAAUAUCAGCAUCAGAAACCAAUCACAUUGGGGCAGCGUCAUGGGCUUCAUGCCAUAAGUAUGUAGUUGUUCUUCUGCAGCCUAGUAGUAACUAGAGAUCCAAAAUUGUUGCGGGGUGGUGGAGCCAAAUUUAAUGCUGCAAUGAACAAACUGUUUUGUCUGUUUAUAAAUAAAUGUAGAGAUUCAGAUAUGCUACAGAUAUUUCAUUAUGUGCAGCUUUGAUUAGAGUUUUGAAACUGUUGUAUUCAUAUCUCAUGGAUGGUCACUAUGCGAAUUCCCAAUUCCUUGUGGCAAAUCAUCAGAUGAAGAUGGAGUGAACCGAAUCCCUUAUUUUCUUUAUAUGUGAAUCUUGUAAUUGUCUA